AUGCGCCACGUAGAUAGCAUGUUGCACCCACGUAACAAUAUUGUUUUUGAUAUAUCCAGGUCAAACAGGACAAAGAAGGGGAGUGAACUCUCUCAGGUGAUUGCUCUCAAAGAGAUGGACUCGUGUAAAGAUGACGGGAAGUCAAAGCCAAUAAAAAUCCGGGACUUUGAUGAAACACUGUUGAAAUUACAUGCCGAUGGCAACGCCUUGCUAAAUCUGGAAUACCAGGAGCUGGACAAGUUAAGCCCCCUCUACCCAAUGGACGUGGGUUCGGAUCUCGACCACCGGGCUGAUAAUCGAUGGACCAAUAUCGUACCUUUUGACCACAGCCGCGUCAAGUUGUUUGCUCGUGAAGGUAGUGGUCAACACGACUACAUCAACGCCAACUACAUAGCGGGCAUGGAUUCGAGCCGGGAGUACAUAGCCACACAAGGACCGCUGACUAAAACAAUUCCAGAAUUCUGGAGGAUGGUCUGGGAGCAAAAGUCUUCGGCCAUAGUCAUGUUGUCAGAGUUUGAAGCUAUAGAUAAGAGGACCCAGAUGAUGAGGGAGAAGGUCGCCCGUUACUACCCCGACGAGGAAGAGUCCAACUCCUACCAGUACGACCAGAUAAUGGUGUCAAGGACGGGCAAGCUGGACACUAAGGAUUGGGAGAUCAGGACCUUAAAGCUGACCCAUUUGACGGAAAGAAAAAAUCGGUUCGUGAAACACUUUUUCUUCAAGUACUGGAGCGACCACGAGGCGAACAUCAACCCCGUGGAUCUGAUCGAUUUUGUCCGAGUGGUCAGGGCGGAGACCAGCGCACAGCCGACGUCACCUCUCAUUGUGCACUGCAGUGCCGGUGUGGGAAGGACUGGAACCUACAUCGCCGUGGAUUACUUCAACAAGUACAUCCAGAGCCUGAAGCUAAAACUGGAGAAAACCGACAAGCGAGUGCAGGAGAACUGGACAGUGGACAUUUUUGGACGGGUCCUCAACAUGCGAGACAAGAGGAGAUUCAUGGUCCAGUCCAAGGCGCAGUACAUUUUCAUAUAUGACGUCGUACAAGAGCUGUUGCGUCAGGCCUUUAAACCUAAUCACCCCGGCAACACGACUCACGUUAGACACGAGAACGGUGACUCAUCCUUCACUGACGCGGGUUCCAAUGCGUCAGGACCAGCAAAAGAAGACGCCGUUUACGACGAUGUUGAGUCGCUUCAAGGUCAAAUCACCUCAAGCGAGGAAAUGCUAAUUAGGAUCUCCACGGGAUCAAGCGACGUGUAGGAAAAAAAGUAAUUAUGCUGAAGGUCAUUUGAAUGUCACCUCCUACACAAGUGCAAGCCACGCCCAUUAAAAAAGUCUUAAUUACUCUUCCAAGUCACGUGGGGUUAUUUCCGUGUUCGGAAAACUACUGCAGGUGCAUCGAUUCAGAAAUUGUUCUUGAUAUUUUGCUCUCCGUUGAAAACUAUAAUAACUUAUUCGUUGAUUGACUUACUCUAAAAGACUGCGAUCGUACUGAAAAUAAUACCAACUCUCUUACAUUAUGACUGCCUUAGUUGUUGUUUAGCCAUACUCAUUUUAAAAAUGUUUUGGAUAUGUAUAGUUCUUUAUUUCUUUAUGUCUUAGUUACA